CGUGACGGCAGGACAAGGAGGAGGGCCGUAAAGUGUGGUGUUUUGGACUGGAGGAGGUCAUUGGAAAGUGAGGGGAAGGUACGGGCUGGAAAGGCACAGAGAUAUUUGGUGCCAGCGUAUCUCUGAUGCCGGAGUAAAAUAAGAAUUCAACAGCCUUGUUUAGAGUUUCAACCGCUGCGAAAUGCUUCGUCUUAUCCUCCGGCUCAGGCCGUCCUCAGGGCUCCCCGGUCCCCGUGCCCUCCCGACCGGGCCUGCUACCAUUAGCUCCCGCUCCGUUCCCGGAACCGGCCGUCUGAGGCGACUUCACAGCGCAGCGACGUCCCGGGCGGUAUGCCUGUCCUCCGGCCACAGAGCGACCCUGCUGCGGUGUCCUCAGCUGGCAGGCAGCUGUCAGAGCACGCGCUUCUACUGCCUGCCGCCGCACGAGAAGGUGGAGCUCCCUGCACUGUCACCCACCAUGCAGACAGGAACGAUCGCUCGCUGGGAGAAGAAGGAGGGGGAAAAAAUCGGCGAGGGUGAACUAAUAGCUGAAGUGGAGACUGACAAGGCGACUGUAGGAUUUGAGAUGCUUGAGGAGUGCUAUCUGGCAAAGAUCCUGGUUCCUGAAGGGACCAGAGAUGUCAGUGUUGGAGCAGUGAUCUGCAUCACUGUUGACAGCCCUGACCUCAUCCCAGCCUUUAAGGACGUCACUUUGGAAUCACUGAAAUCAGCAGGUGCGGGUCCCUCACCAGCUGCCUCUGCUCCUCCUCCCCCUUCUCCUGCUGCUGCUGCUCCUCCUGCCGCCCCUGGCAGCUCAUACCCAACACACAUGAAGAUCACACUUCCUGCCCUCUCUCCCACCAUGACGAUGGGGACGGUGCAGCGCUGGGAGAAGAAGGUCGGAGAGAAGCUGAGUGAAGGAGAUCUGCUGGCAGAGAUUGAGACAGACAAAGCAACCAUCGGCUUUGAGGUGCAAGAGGAGGGGUACUUGGCCAAAAUCAUGGUGGCAGAGGGAACCCGGGAUGUUCCAUUGGGAGCACCACUCUGCAUCAUUGUAGAGAAAGAAAGUGACAUCGCUGCCUUUAAGGAUUAUGUAGAAACCGGAGUGGCAGAGGUUUCCACACCACCUCCAGCACCCGCACCAGUUGCAGUUCCGGCAGCAGUUGCACCCACUCCUGCAGCUGCAGCCGCUGCCCCAGCAGCAUCUAGGAAGGGUCGUGUGUUUGCGAGUCCCCUCGCCAAGAAGCUCGCUGCUGACAAAGGAAUUGACUUGGCACAGGUCAGCGGCUCUGGUCCUGAUGGACGCAUCACUAGGAAAGAUAUCGACAGCUUUGUUCCACCAAAGGUUGCACCAGCAGUUGCUGCUGCUCCCACUCCAGUCACAGCUCCAGGUGUUCCUGCACCUGCUGCAGCUCCAGCUGCACCAGCCGGGACCUACACAGACAUCCCUAUCAGCAACAUCCGGAAGGUCAUCGCUCAGAGGUUGAUGCAGUCCAAGCAAACCAUCCCCCACUAUUAUCUGUCUGUAGACGUUAACAUGGACCAAGUACUCGGGCUGAGGAAAGAACUCAACGAGGAAGUGAAAGCCCAGAAUAUCAAGCUCAGUGUGAACGACUUCAUCAUCAAAGCCAGCGCUCUGGCCUGCCUCAAGGUUCCUGAGUGCAACUCCUCCUGGAUGGACACAGUUAUCCGGCAGAAUCAUGUGGUGGACCUGAGUGUAGCAGUGAGCACAGCCAAUGGUCUCAUCACACCUAUAGUCUUUAAUGCCCACACCAAAGGAUUGGCUGCCAUCAGCUCUGAUGUGUCUUCUCUUGCUGCCAAAGCAAGAGAAGGAAAACUGCAGCCACAUGAGUUCCAGGGAGGUACAUUCACAAUCUCUAAUUUGGGAAUGUUUGGCGUCAAGAACUUCUCUGCAAUUAUUAAUCCACCUCAGUCCUGUAUCCUCGCCGUCGGAGGCUCAGAAAAACGGCUGAUGCCCGCUGAUAAUGAGAAAGGGUUUGAUGUUGCCAACCUGAUGUCUGUGACGCUGAGCUGUGACCACCGGGUGGUGGAUGGGGCGGUCGGCGCACAGUGGCUCGCAGAGUUCCGCAAGUUCCUGGAGAAACCUGUCACCAUGUUGUUGUGAUUGGACUGAACUGCCGUUAAAUAAAAAACUGCAGCAUCAGGCCGAUGCUUCUCACUGAAGUGAUCUGAUUGGUCUAAACCGAUCCAGAUCCUCCUGUGAUUGGCCGGCCUGCAACCAGGUCACUCCCAGAUACCCUGAAAGGGAGAGGCAGAACUCACUCCGCUUACCUGUCUGUCUCUCCUGUCUGUCCCUCUCUCUCUCUCCUCUCUCUCUCUCACUCAUGUUCUAUUUAUUGAGGCCCCUUCUCAUGGCAGACCAGAAUUAGGUAUGUUUUAUCCUAGAAUAGAGACUGGCUGUGUGUCACUAAAACAGUGAUAAUGUUUUACAAAGGGAAGUGUUACAUGUCCAACCAGCGAGCAAAUUUAUCACAGAACCUACUGGUUUGUGUGUGUGUUUGUUUGUCAGACUUUUAACAUUGAUUUUGUGUGAAUGUCAUAAAGACAGCAGGGAGUGCAGCUGUGUGCGGGUUCUAGUCUUCGGGUUAAGGGAUGUGUUUUUUUGUCUACUUGCAGGCAAGAGAACAGCUUUAAAUGUAAGUUAACUUUAAGAUACACAAAAUCCAGAUCUACACACACACACUCACACAAACCUUUCCCUGAUCUGUGGACUAACACACAUAAAAGCAAAAUAUUUAGUGUGUUUUCUGUGGAUUUAUGCCACAAUGUGUAUACUUCACACCGUGGGAAGAAUACUGUGCUGUAUAUAUAUACAGAGUUAAGAUAUUGGUUGAAAUAAUCCAGCUCUGAGGAGGCCUCGCCAAAUUAUAUAAAAUCUGUAUAGUCUAAAAAUGACAACAACAUGCUCCUUAAAGGAAGUACUCAACAGUUUUGCCAACUUUCUCUCUUCCAUGGGGAUGUUUUAUUUUCUAGUAUCAGAGUAAAACACUCACCUUUUGAAAUAGUAUAUUUCACAGCUGAAACGCACAAAGCAGGUGCUGGAUGUUUGUUGUUGUUUGAAUAAAGUGGGAGACGUCAACCUUGAGCCAA